UUGAUGUGUCACGUGGGCGGUGCGCGCUCAGUGCGGCUGCGCUGACCGGUAGCUGCAGCUGGAGCGGUGGCGUUUGGAGGAGACGCGAAACUGGAUGGCUUCUACAGGGAGCCAGGCCUCUGAUAUAGACAAGAUUUUUGGAUUCUUCAGUGAUGGCGCACCCCCCACCAAAAAGCCCAGGAAGCUCCUUCCAAGCUUAAAAACUAAGAAGCCUCGGGAACUUGUGCUGGUCAUUGGAACAGGCAUCAGUGCUGCAGUUGCACCUCAGGUUCCAGCCCUAAAAUCCUGGAAGGGGUUAAUUCAGGCCUUACUGGAUGCUGCGAUUGAUUUUGAUCUUCUGGAAGAGGAGGAAAGCAAAAAGUUUCAGAAAUGUCUUCAUGAAGACAAGAACCUUGUCCAUGUCGCUCAUGACCUUAUUCAGAAACUCUCUCCUCGAACCAGUAAUGUUCGAUCCACAUUUUUCAAAGACUGUUUAUAUGAAGUAUUUGAUGACCUAGAGUCAAAGAUGGAAGAUUCUGGAAAACAGCUUCUGCAGUCAGUUCUUCAUCUGAUGGAAAAUGGAGCCCUAGUAUUAACAACAAACUUUGACAAUCUCCUGGAACUGUACGCAGCAGACCAGGGAAAACAGCUUGAGUCCCUUGACCUUACUGAUGAGAAAAAGGUCCUGGAGUGGGCUCAGGAGAAGCGGAAGCUGAGUGUGUUACACAUCCAUGGGGUCUACACCAACCCUAGUGGCAUUGUCCUUCAUCCAGCCGGAUAUCAGAACGUGCUCAGGAACACGGAAGUCAUGAGAGAGAUUCAGAAGCUCUAUGAAAACAAGUCGUUUCUCUUCCUGGGCUGUGGCUGGACUGUGGACGACACCACUUUCCAGGCACUCUUCCUGGAGGCCGUCAAGCAUAAAUCUGACUUAGAACAUUUCAUGCUGGUUCGGAGAGGAGAUGUAGACGAGUUCAAAAAGCUUCGAGAAAACAUGCUGGACAAGGGGAUUAAGGUUAUCUCCUAUGGAAGUGACUAUGCUGAUCUUCCAGAAUAUUUCAGGCGACUGACCUGUGAAAUCUCCACGAGGGGUAAAUUAGCAGGGAUGGUGAGAGGCCAGCUAAAUGGCUCAUCUGCAGCACAUGGUGAAAUAAGAGGCUAUAGUACAUGAACGAGCUAAAGAAAUCGCCACCAUUAGACCAAGCUGUAAGGCCCUACUGUGGACAGUGUUUAACAAGCAAACCUAAGAGAACCCAACACAGCUCCAGAAGUACCAGUACCUAGAGGUUCAAGUUCUGGGGUAGGCUAGGGGAAAACGUUCCAGCUUUUCCUUCAUGCCAAGUGGCUCUUGAUCCUCUGCUUCCUGAGCAGCUGAAGAAUACCUAAGUGGCAGUGGAAUCCGAGUGCGGCCCCCCAGCCCCAGGCUGACGCACUUGUGUCCACAGCAGACUAGUGUGUGACCUCCGCUGAUGGUGGCUGUGGCUCUGCAUGAAGGACUUGGGGAGCUCGAAGUCAUGAGUCAGUGGGGCUCUCGUUGCAGUUUUGUACUCUAUACUUGGUUUUUCAAUUAAGCUUAAUGGCUUUUUUAAAACAUGACUUGAAGCUCUAGUUUUCUAGCUCUUUUACAUUGUACAGUAUUUUACAUAACUGAGUUGUAUUAAAAGGCUUGUUCAUUUA